CCCCACCCCACCCCUACCCGCCGCGCGCUUCAGUGCUCCCCCCCUCUUCAUUUGGAUUCAGUUUCAGCAAAGCGAGAGGAUGGCAAACAUGUAGUGGAACAACUGAUCAUCGCAGGCAUGAGAAGAUGCGCGAAUAGGCUGUCGUGAAAAUAAAUCAGUGAAAUCUGAACCGGCAUGAAGGCAUCCGGCUGUCAGGUCCAACUCAGCGGAUGCGCGCUGGAUCCAGAACCAACGCGCAGGAUGGACUGAGACAUUACGCGCAGGAGAUUGCCACGGGCAGGCGUUUCGGUUUGACCUCGGUGGGCAUCAUUUCCGGGACAACUUGAGGAUGUAUCAAUGAAGAAUGUGACUGCGUCUGACUCUGUCCAAACGGGGUUGAUGAAGCCCUCGGCGGUGUCAUGCGUCUUGCCCCGCAGCCAAGCGCGCAACCCUUGCGGCUCAUAGUUGUGCUCCUCCUCGCCACGGGGGUCGUCGCGUCCCCGGUGCUCUCCUCCGGCUGCCCGGACAGGUGCGUGUGCGAUGACCAGCUGGUGGUCCAGUGCGCCGGGCAGCACCUGACCACCUUCCCCGUCAACCUGCCUCUGGCCACCCGGCAGCUCAUCAUCUCCAACAACCGCAUCGUGGAGCUGCCGCCACUCGCGCUCAACUACCUCUCCGACCUGGUGUACCUGGACUGCAGCAACAACUCCCUCACCGAGAUCUCAGAGUCCACGUUUGGGAACCUUCGCAAGCUGGCCUACCUGGACCUCUCCUUCAACACUUUGACCCGGAUCGAGGACCGGACGUUCGGGCCCUUGGCGAGCCUGGUGAUGCUGAGGAUGACGGACAACCCGGGGCUCUCCGAGAUUCACCCGGACGCGUUUGCGGAGAACGCGGCCCUCCAGGUGCUGGAUGUGAGCAGGAACAACCUGACGGUGUUCAACAUCACCUCCCUGAUCGCGCUGCCCGCCCUGCGCUCCGUGGGGCUCAGUGGGAACCCGUGGAGCUGCGAGUGCGACAACGAGGACCUCUGCUUGUGGGUCCACCUGGAGGGCUUCAAGUUCCAAGAUGAGGGCCAGACAGUGUGUGGUUCACCCGCUGACAUGCAGGGCCGUCGUCUGGGCGAGGUGGGCAUCCAACUACGGACGUUGUGUCAUCAGACUCUGGGCUCCUGGGACUACCUUUUCUUUGUUGUCAUCGGCUUUGUCAUCUUUGCCGCCGGCACCGUGUCGGCCUGGGUGAUGGGUGUCAUCAUGGUGCUCUAUGAGCGCUACAUCAAGAAGAAAGACGAGCAGCUCGAUGUGGACGAGGAGGAGGAAGGUGGCGAAGUGAGCCGUCCCUCGAGGACCAGGAGCGGCCACGACAAUGGGAAUUUGAAAACCUCACAUACUGUUUAAAGGACCUAAUUCCACCCUGCCCGCCAUGGAUUCCCACAGUGCCUCCUGUCACCUUUACGACUGUCUGUGAAGUCCAAUGAAACUGUCAAACUGAGUCCGUCUAACAGGCUCAGCCCUGGAAGAGAAGGGAGGGGAUUCACCAGAGAUGAGGAAUGUCUCUUUACUCAUGUGUAGUGGGCUUCCAGGUGGUGUAACACACACUGUAGGGGCUGUAGUGGAGGUCCACAGUGCUUGUAUAAACCAUAUAUGCAAAUAUAUGAAUUUGUAUGUUGUUAAUUUCUGUGUCAGGUUUGAGUGAGAGAUGGUAAUGCCUGUGGAAAACCAACCCAAAUCUAUAAAACUGGUUGGUCAUCUUGGAGGCAGCCAGUCAUGUUCUUAAAUACCAUACUCCUUAAGCACUGAUAGUUUUGUUGAUUUUGGCCUGUGUUAAUUCAGAAAAUGGGUACAGGGCAGGCCACCUCAAAAAUGUUCUUAGUUUCAUAAAAACAUCCUGACUCAUUUUAAGCUAAAGCUAAAUUUUAAGCUAAAAAGUUAGCCACACAAGCUAACACACCCUUCAAAAAAUUUUACUUGUGAGCACAUGAUUAUAACAAGGGAGGUUGUGUACACCAGAUGCUUGGUGUCCAAGUGGAACAUCGACCACAAGUCAUGAAAAUGCUGCUGUUAGAUAUCAGCAACUUAGACGUUACUGUCAGUGUCUGCAAGCCACUAAGAACAUUUGGCAAGCUUGCAACAUAAUGCAGGAAAUGCAAAGGUACAAUAAGAUAAAACUGUUUUUAGACAUUAUAGAAACACAUAUACAAAUAAAUUAUAAUAUAUUGACAUUCACCAAAAAAACUCCAAAAAGCAAAAACACUGCCACCGUUAGCAAAGACGUCAUGACUCGUGAACUCUGAGCUUUCAGAAAAUUUCCACUUAAGACACUGAGACCACAAGGCAAGGGGACCUUUAUAUGGGUUUGAAAACAGAGUAAAUGCCAUUCGAGGGCCACCAUAUACCAAUGAUUCUAUUCUAACAACUGGUUAAACAGAAGGAAACAUGACUUCUAAUUUGUGGUUUGCUGGUGAUAUUGUGGUGCAAGCAACAAGAAAGGGAGUGGUUUCAUCGACUGUGGUUGAUUAAUUUUUUUCCAAAUCAGGCUUUUUUUUUUUUUUUUUUUUUUUUUAAACAAUUUUCACUUUAUGUAUUAUCCUGUCAAAUUCUUUGCAUCCAGCAGAUGCAGUCGGAUUAGUAUUGGACCACUGACUUAAAUAUGAAACUUGCAUAUGUGUGACUUGGAUGGCUUAAGAACUAGGAAUAGUGAGGGAAAAAUAACCAUGAAUGCAGUUAUUGGUGUCCCCUAACCGUUUUUAAAGGUAUCUCUAUGAUAAUGUUGGUCUGUAUGGAAUACAGUACUGUGAGUGACCACUGGGAAAAAUUAGCAGUAAGGCUGAAUGGUCAAUAGGUGGUUGGUCAGCCAUGUUUUUUUGUAUGACAAAAAGCUAAUUCAUAAUGAAUUCUAAACCAUAGUCAAUAUCUAUCUUUGUGAAAUUGGCCCACAAACUGAAAAAAACAUUUACCUUUUCCAGUCUUUAUACAAUGCUAAAGGAUGCUAAUAUAAGUAUAAACCACUGUAAUUAUUCAGAACCAUAAAUUAUUUUUGUCAAAUUCUUUUCAGAAAAUAUAAAAUCAAUUUUGCAAGACAAUACUUGCUGUCAUACCGGAGCAAAUUGGAUACACCCCAGUUAAUUGGAUCAGCUCCUAGACCUUUCUAGCAUGCUUAGCUUAGCACUGUGGCACUUCUCCGGAGGGAUCGCCAUAAUGGCACUAAGAAGAGUAGGAGAACUGUGUCACAACUUGACAGCCUCUAUGUAAAAUUAAUGUUUCGUUGUCGUCGUCCCCAAGAGAGGAUAAACUGCUUUUAUGCACAUGACAGGGUGUAUGGUGCAGCUGUGCGUGUGAUUAAGCUUUUGCACACAAGUCGCUCUGUGCAGUUGUGGUGUCUGGUUUUGCACUGAUCAUUUACCACUCUCUCUGGAAUUAUUAGCCCAGAAACAAACUGCAGUUGAGGUAUUUGUGUUGAGGUUCUACAGUAUUUGUGAAGCUGAGAGGGCCGACGUGUGCCAACUGCCGAGGUCUAUUUUGGCAGUGGGCCCCGCUGGAUCGCAAGUAAACAGGACAGUGUGAUAACUGAUUUCUGUUUCAUCCUCUCUUUGUUGGGUAACUGGUUUGAGUGCAGUGUUCUGUCUGUUUCUGCAUGCACUGUUGAUGCACCAAAAAGCCUUAUGUGGUGUGUGUAUGUUCGAGGGUGACAAAUUUAGUUAAUUAAAAAAGGAAAUCAAUUUCCUCUGCAUCAAACAAAAAAGGCUUUGAUUUAGAAACAAUAAAUUCUCUUAAUUUUCCAGCAAUUAGAUUUGUUUUAAUUUGGUCUAUUGACAUGAGUGAAUUUAGUCCAACUGUGUUGUUGAAUGAAUCAUCUGCAUCUGUUUUGCAGCAAAUAAGGCACUUAAUCCUGCAGGAAAAACAGGGAGCAGAAUCAUUUCUGUCCACAGUGGUAAAUAUCGCUUAUAACACUUGCUUUGUUUGAUUUGCCCCAGUUUGUGGUGCUCAACAUCACAAACUUUCCAUAUUUCUGCUUGUAGUUAUCUGCCUGUAACACUCCACUGGCCCUGACAUUGACUGUUAUGAACUAAGAAAAGAACAGAAAGGAACAGGAACAGGGAAAUCAAUAGGCUGCCCUGACAUGCCAUGUUCUGUAUGUGUGCUGCAUCUGUACAAUCAGUUCUGUCUCAGAAUUAUUUACUCUAUUAAAGAACAAAUUUAAACCUCUGUGGGACCAGAGAAGGAAGGAAUUCUCUCCAAAUGAUUGGACCAGAUUUUUUUGUAUUGUUUUGUGUUCUGCAGUUCAUACCGAAAGUGUUUGGAGUCAACUGUCCAGAUGUAUGGAGGUUGAAUUACAUUUAGUUGCUUCAGUUUCAUUGUCCUGGCUUAUUGGAUUGGACUUGAAUAGAACAAAGCCAUCAUUAAUAUAAUUAGUAACAUAUGUCUGAAGGUAAAAUGCCUACUUUGCUGGUGUUUUAAGUAUUCAGUGAGCUGAGCAUACUUGGUUAUAAGUAGUAAGGUAGUAGUUGUACUACCAAAUGCCAUAUUAAAAGAACUGGAUUGUUAUCAUUUGCAAGUAUUUAGUAGUUUUGUGCUGAACGUGUGUUGAAAACAGAGCAACUAAUGUGCACUCUGACUCCGCACAAUCUGUUGCCUUUGUGUAAUGUGAUCUGCAGCACAACCGAGAACCCUUUCUUCACACAUUUCCUAGCACUUACAUGUGCAUAUUGUUGGGAUUUCCCAAAAUGAACAAAAGUUAGUGGCUUAUGUAAUGGCUCUACAGAGUAAUAAUAGUACAGCAGACGGUAUAAACAUUCUGUUGAUGGUUGGCUGAGCGGCAGUCAAAGCUCGUUUUCUGCUUUGCCUGUUAUAGACGUUUUUCACAGCAGACAUUUUUAGCUUUGUAAAGCAUGUGGGUAAUUAAUGACAAAGACAAAUGUUGGCUGCUAAAAACAUCUAUUGUGGAGUUUUCCUGUUGCAGGAAUUGUGGUGUUGAUAGAAGAAGAAAGCAAGAAACUAAUAUAAGACACUCAGGAACGCAUCUCAUGUAUUUCCGCUUAGUCUCCUCCUCAUAUAAAGGAGCGAUCCUGACUCACAGCAGUAUGUAUAACUAUGCAUGUACCGAUCUACACAUAACGGCAUGGCAGACGUAACUGGAUGCCACAAGUGUCAGUCCAAGAUAGUGACCCAUGUACUGUACCUGUAAGUUGCCUACUUAAGCAGUUUGCUGAGAUGCCUCCGAACAUUUCAACCACUGGUUGCUGAUUUCUCUUACAGCUUUGGUGUAAUAUUUUGCAUGGGUUCCUUCAGUAUUUACAGAAUGCAUUGCCUAAUGUGCAUGUGUAUUAAGGUCCGUGUACUAAACGCUCAUCUAUAUCUGCAUACGAUACGCGCCUAUACUUGAUAGUUUCGACUGUGAGGAUGUAUUGCAUUCUGCUUAGCACACUGAUUAGGCCAUGUGACGCCACAGGCAAGGGUGAGGGUGCAGACUGGAAAUAGGAUAGCGGGUUGCAUUAAUUCAUGUCAGCACAGUGACACACAUGGAAUGACAAGGAAUACUCACAUCUCCCUUCCGUUACAAACAUGUACAUAGUUGCUGUUCUUUCACACUCACGCAUUAUUUUGGAAAUAAUUAUAGAUUGCUUCAUACGGGAAGCAUUUUAUAACAGGUGAAUAUCCUGAUUUUUAUUAAUAUAUUAGGUGGAUAAACUGAAUUUCUGUACUUUUUCACCCCCACGCUUACCACUCACCCCGUUUUUAGGCACAUGUAUGAAUGUGCUUUAACACACAGAGACAAAAGCAUCAGUUCUGCCUCCAACACAAAUCACCUCUGGGUAGAACAUACUGUGUAAAAGCUUAGAAGGACUCUCACUAAUGCUGUAUAACUGACACUAGCCAGAACAGCAUCAACCCACACCAUGGAACACCUAAAUGUAAAAUUUCCAGAAAAACUGUGAUGAUUUGCUUUCUUUCUGAGCAGAAGAUGAGAGGAAUGAGAGCACUCCUAUGUCAGUAUGCUGUAUGAAGCCAGCAGUCGAUUUGUUGAGAGGAGGAUAGAAAUGGGCUUAGUUUAAGUUUUCUCUAUUGAUUGAGCUUCUAAAAGAUUUACCUCUUGUAUCAAAAUUACAUAUUUAGAUUGAAAUGAAAAUGAGCUUUUCCUGUCUGAAAAUAGCUUAAAAGUAUAUCUACACCACUGCUUUCUCCAAAAUGUUGCUGCCUUUGUCUUUGCUAACGACUUCCUUUUUCUUAAAACACCGUAAAGCUAGUAUCCAAAAUGGCAAGUUGUCAUAUUGGAGUAAUUCAGUCACAUUCAUUCGAAAUAGAACCCAAUUCAGAGAAAGAAUAUGGACCAAUUUGUGCUUUCCACAUCCGUGAAUGCAGACCAAUCCAGACUUUGAAAGCAGACUGUAGUUCUGUUUGUUCUAUGAUGGUUCUGUGCCAGUCUGCACAGACGGUUCAUUGCCUUUCAUACUUAACACAGAAACACACAGGGGGAAAUUUGAACAGGAUAGAGUAGCUACAUGAGGCUGUUGCACUUUGUCAUUGAAUAUUCCUGACGUUGAUGGAAAACAUGUCCAAAUCAAAGCACCUCCAAAGUUUGGCAGCAACUACUUGUGAUUAAUUAAAAUUCUUGAUGAUUAACCAUAAAGGUGUAUAUGACCGACAAUCACCUCGUACAGUCUCUCCGCUAAAGAUGCAUUUGUUUUGGACACCAUUUGUUUCCCGGACAUUGUAGGUGGCAUGUUUGUAGUGUGUACAGUCUGCACAUGAAAGGUUUGCGUGGACCCUCAUGGAUUUUGGUGGAUGAUAAAAUUCACAUCAAGCGUACCUGGGAAGCAUGAAUUGGUCUCGAUGGUAAAGAAAGCCACAUCCUGCAAGUUGACAGAAUUGAUUCCUUUGGUUUGUUUUUGGCAGUUUCAAGGCAUCAAUGGUUUGCUAUUGGAUUAACUAUUUAUUUCACUCAUGAAAUGUCUUCUAGCCUAUAAAAAAAACACCAUAUGAAUGUGUUUAAAAGAAGUAGAUUUUCACCUGAGUGGGUCUUUAAUUUACACUUGUAAAAUCAAUCAUUUGUGGCUUAAGAACAGUUACUGUAUGUAGUAGAGUUUCCUGCAUAUCUACAACUCAUUUUAAGAUAUAACACGGUGGUGGUGGAUGAAGCCAGCUGUUUCCUUCUGGUGCUAGUAUUUAUUCGAAGUUGAGCUAAUUGGCUACAAUAGUCAAAUGGUCAGGUUGCGCACCACAUGGGUGCCUCCAAGCAGUUUCUGAAGGCAAAAAUGUCAACAACAACAGACAAAAAAAACACGAGUGCUAACAAUCUUCUCAUCUAACUCUCGGCAAGAAAUCUAAUUAAUAUAUUUUCCAACAUGUUAAGCUAUGGGUUUGAGACAGUAGAUAAGCAGGGAAGAUUGCUGUAGCGCUUGAGAGUGGAUAUUUGUUUUCUUCUCAUUGAGCGGCCAAGCUGAGGUAGUGGUCAGGAUCUGCCUGAGGACAGAGAUGCACUCAGCUGGCUACGGUCACAUCAGUAACACAGCUGUGACUCCGAGCCAGUUCAGUGAGUAGACGAGGAAACGCACACAGCCUUUGGAUCCAGAAGCUCCGGCAGCCCCGUUUCCUGCCUGUGGUUGUGUAAGUCAUAUUUUUUGCACCAUUGUGUGCAUCCACUGAGCUGAAGGCAAACUGGCCACUGCAAAAUGCCUGCAGAUGGGAGAUGUGACAUCAAGUAAGACUGGCUCUAACUGACCGUAAUAGCCCUCUGACACAUCUACUUACAAACAGGCUCACUCACACACAAACACAUACACAGAUAUACAAAAUUGGAAGAAAAUCCUUUAGUCAUGGAGCUGUGGAAUGACUUACACAAAAGUUAGAGAUGAGGGAUAUAUUCCAGUGACUGGUGCUUGGAAUCUGGGUGCCCGUGUUUCAGUUAUUUCAUGAAAAUGUCAUCAUUAAUCACUGCCACACAUGGAUGACAGCACUAAAUAACCGUCAGACGACUCCAACCACCCAUACAGCUGCACUGAGCUGGAGCACAGCAAGCACUGGAGCUGGAACAUAAAGGAACUGCUUCAACUUAUAUUAAGUUAAAUAUAUUUCUUAUGCUUACAUUUGUAAACAUAUAAACAGUGUAUAAUGAGCGCUCCUGUUUUCUACUGUCACUUAAUGAUUUGUCACUCUGAAGCACAGAAAGAGGGGAAAGACUAAGCAAAAUGCCUGAUUUUCUUCCCUUAUUUUCUCCAUUAUAGUAACAUUUUGUUGUCAUCGGAUGUUAUUUGUUAGCUCAGAUUCGCUGCAAAUUAAUGAAAUUGUUGUGUUCAAUCCUGUUAUAUACUGUACGUUUUCUAUUAGACUUGAUAUUGACAAGCUCUACUUGUCCCUCCUCUGGGAAAGUUGCAAUUGAUUGAUGGUAAAGAGUAAACCCCUGCCUCCAACUGGCAGAGGGAAGGAUGGUCCUACUGCUGUUCCAUAUCUGCACACAGGCUCAGGGGCCUGCCAACUCUGUAUCCUUCCCCAGCAAUAAAAGGUCAUUCCAGA